AUGGGAGGAGCCCGUGACCCUCCGGCCCGCGCCCCUGACUUACAGACGGGGAAAGAGCUCGGGCGACGGGUGGGGGGCGAAGUGAGGGGUCGCUGCCCCGGCCCUGGGCUCGAAACUUCGCUCCCUCCCUGGCUGCCGGACCCGAGUCAGCGCUCGUGCCCUCGGCGGGCCUCAGUUUCCCCAGCCUCCCCGCCGGGCGCCGGGGCGCCGGGGGCCGGGGGUCCCAGGGGCGCAGCCCCCCGCGGCUGCGCGCUGGGCCGGACGGAUGACAUCACCGGGCCGGGGGCGGGGAGCGAGCGGGAGGGAGCGGGAGGGCCUCCUCCGCGCCAGGCUCAGCGCCCGGUCGGGCUCGGUCGGGCGGCCGCGGCCAUGACGCAGGGUCCGGGCGGGCGCGCGGCCCCCCCGCCCCCCGCCCCCCCAGAGCCUGAGGCGCCCACCACCUUCUGCGCGCUGCUGCCGCGCAUGCCGCAGUGGAAGUUCGCGGCCCCAGCCGGCUUCCUGGGCCGCGGCCCGGCGGCGGCGCGGGCGCCCGAGCCCGAGCCGGCCGGCUCGGCCGGCGUCCCGGCGCUGGCGGCGGCGGUCCUGGGCUCCUGCGAGCCGCGCUGCACCGCGCCCUGCCCCCUGCCGGCGCUCAGUCGCUGCCGGGCCGCCGGGGCGCGGGGGUCGCGGGGGUCGCGGGGGGCGGCCGGGCCCCCGGACUCCGCCGCCGCCGAGUGGAUCCGCAAAGGCAGCUUCAUCCACAAGCCGGCGCACGGCUGGCUACACCCGGACGCCAGGGUCCUGGGGCCCGGGGUCUCCUACAUCGUUCGGCAUCGUCUUUUGGAGAUUUUGAAUUACCGAAUUACCUUCCGUGGAAAUGAUAAUCUGGGCAGGGGCCCUGUCCCGGACCCUGGGGACGCAGAAGUGAACAGGGUCGCCACCAUCCAGUCCUCCUGGGCUGACCUUCUAGUGGAGCAGAAAGAGAAUUACAUGGGCUGCAUCGAAGUCCUCCGUUCCAUGCGCUCCCUGGACUUCAACACUCGCACCCAGCUCACCAGGGAAGCCAUCAACCGGCUCCAUGAGGCUGUGCCUGGCAUCCGGGGCUCCUGGAAGAGGAAGGCCCCCAACAAGGCACUGGCCUCCAUCCUGGGCAAGAGCAGCCUGCGCUUCGCAGGCAUGAGCAUUGCUGUCAGCAUCUCCAUCGAAGGCCUCAACCUCUCCGUUCCCGCCACGCACCAGCGGCAGCCCCGUGACUGGUGGUCUCUCUUCGGCCAGAUCAUCGCCAGCCACCACAUGCAGUCCAUCUCCUUUGCGUCGGGUGGUGACACGCCCCGAGACCCCUUGCCUGUGCCCAUCGGUCCCACCCCCCGCGUUGCUGGGACUCCUCCGCCCACUGCCCUCUCUCCCCAGGACAUGGUGGAUUAUGUGGCCUACGUGGCCAAGGACCCCGUCAACCAGAGAGCCUGCCACAUCCUGGAGUGCUGCGAGGGCCUCGCCCAGAGCGUCAUCAGCACCGUGGGCCAAGCCUUCGAGCUGCGCUUCAAACAGUACCUGCACAGCCCCCCCAGGGUUGUCGUCCCCCCGGGAAGGCUGACCGGGCCGGAGGAUUCGGCCUGGGGGGACGAGGACGAGACAGAGCACAGCUACUACAACCGCACUCCCGGGAAGGAACCGCCCCUGGGCGGGCUGGUGGACUCCAGGCUCACCCCCACGCAGCAGCCCUGUGCCCUCGGGGCCCUUGGCCAGGGAGCAUCUCCUGCUCGAAGAGACGCCCGAGGCCCGCACUGGGACGUGGGCCCCUCAGCCCCGCCCGGGGAUGGCUACGUGCAGGCAGACCCGCGGGGCCCGCGAGACUACGAGGACCACUUGUACGUCAACACGCAGGGUCUGGACGGCCCGGAGCCCCUGCAGCCUGAGGACAGCCCCAAGAAGGACCUGUUCGACAUGAGACCCUUCGAGGAUGCCCUGAGGCUGCACGAGUGCUCCGUGGCCGCGGGUCCGGCGGCAGCCCCCCUUCCCGUGGAGGACCAGUGGCCCAGCCCGCCGACCCGCCGGGCCCCCAUCGCCCCCACGGAAGAGCAGCUGCGGCAGGAGCCCUGGUACCACGGCCAGAUGAGCCGUCGGGCGGCGGAGAAACUGCUUCGAGUGGACGGGGACUUCCUUGUGCGGGACAGCGUCACCAACCCGGGGCAGUAUGUCCUCACCGGCAUGCACGCAGGACAGCCCAAGCACCUGCUGCUCGUGGACCCCGAAGGCGUGCUCCUGGUGGUGGUGAUGCUGAGGCCUGUGGCCCCACAGGUGCGGACCAAGGACGUGCUCUUCGAGAGCAUCAGCCACCUGAUCGACUACCACCUGCAGAACGGGCAGCCCAUCGUGGCAGCCGAGAGCGAGCUGCACCUGCGUGGUGUCGUCAAGCGGGAACCCUGA